CGGGAGAGUUCGCGGCGAUGGCGACGACGGCUCGGUGUUGGAAAGGGACGCAGUGAAGCUGGCCUCGGCUCUGAUUUCCAUGUCUUACUUGUGAGAGUUUCCACACAGGAUCAUCAGGUCUGCUUAUCAUCCAUUCGUGAUUGUUUGUGACAGAUCCAGGCCGGAGUUCCUUGUUGGGUGACCCACACUCCUUGACAGGGGCCAUGGAGGAGGAGGGGCAGCAGAGCUUGGAGUGUAUCCAGGCCAAUCAGAUCUUCCCCAAGAAGUCCCCCGUCCUGGAGGAGGAAAACAUGCAGGUGCCCUUUCCUGAGCUGCACGGGGAGUUCACAGAAUAUGUGGGGAGAGCAAAGGAUGCCAUUAUUGCAAUGUCCAACUACCGCUUGCACAUAAAGUUCAAAGAGUCAGUUGUCAAUGUUCCUCUUCAGCUCAUUGAGUGUGUGGAGUGUAGAGAGAUGACCCACCUUCAUGUCACCUGUAAGGAUUGUAAAGUCAUCAGAUGUCAGAUCUCCACCUUUGAGCAGUGCCAGGAAUGGUUGAAACGUCUGAACACAGCAGUGAGGCCUCCGUCUCGCUUGGAAGACCUCUUUGCCUUUGCCUUCCACGCCUGGUGCAUGGAGGUGUACGCAGGAGAGAAAGAGCAGCAUGGCGAACUAUGCAGACCAGGUGAACACGUGACCUCAUGGUUCAAGAAUGAGGUGGAGAGGAUGGGCUUUGACACUCAAAAUGCUUGGAGGAUAUCUGACAUCAACAGCAAGUUCAGGCUUUGCCCCAGCUAUCCUCAGCAACUCCUAGUGCCAGCCUGGAUUACUGACAAAGAGCUAGAAAAUGUGGCAGCCUUCCGCUCCUGGAAGAGGUUUCCUGCUGUAGUUUACAGGCAUACAACUACUGGGGCUGUAAUUGCCCGCUGUGGCCAGCCAGAGGUCAGCUGGUGGGGCUGGAGGAACGCUGAUGAUGAGCACCUGGUUAAGUCCAUUGCCAAGGCCUGUGCCGUGGACAGCAGCUCCCAAAAACAUGUUCCCAACGGUAGCUACACCAAUAGCUCAGACCUGCCUGACACUGAUUUUGAAUCCUCCAUGACCAACAGCUCAGAGGUGGAGACACUGGCCAGCCAAUCUCAGACGUUACUGAUCUUAGAUGCCAGGUCCUAUGCAGCUGCUGUAGCUAACAGGGCCAAAGGUGGAGGCUGUGAAUGCCCAGAAUACUAUCCCAACUCCGAGGUGUUUUUCAUGGGAAUGGCUAACAUCCACUCCAUUCGCAAGAGUUUCCAGUCUCUACGAUUCCUCUGCACUCAGAUGCCUGACCCAGCCAACUGGCUUUCUGCACUUGAGGGCACAAAGUGGUUGCAACACCUGUCCCUGCUACUGAAGGCAGCUCUGCUGGUGGUCAACACUGUGAACAGAGACCACAGGCCUGUUCUUGUGCACUGCUCUGACGGCUGGGACCGCACACCACAGAUUGUUGCUUUGUCCAAGCUACUGCUGGACCCUUACUACCGCACUAUUGAGGGCUUCCAAGUUUUGGUGGAGACAGAAUGGCUGGACUUUGGUCACAAGUUUGCUGACCGAUGUGGCCAUGGAGAAAAUUCAGAGGACCUGAAUGAGCGCUGCCCUGUUUUCUUGCAGUGGCUGGACUGUGUUCACCAACUGCAGAGGCAGUUUCCAUGCUCAUUUGAGUUCAAUGAAGCCUUCCUGGUGAAACUGGUGCAGCACACCUACUCCUGCCUCUUCGGCACUUUCCUGUGUAACAGCGGCAAGGACAGGGAGGAUCGUCACGUUCAGGAGAGGACCUGCUCGGUCUGGUCACUCCUGAGGCCAGCCAACCGCUCUCUGAGGAACAUGCUCUACUCCUCACACUCCGAAAUUGUUCUCCAUCCAGUGUGUCAUGUACGGAAUUUGAUGCUGUGGACGGCCGUCUAUCUGCCCAGCUCCUCCCCUACCACUCCUUCCGAUGAUUCCUGCGCUCCCUACCCAGUGCCCGGUGCCAACCCGGAAGAUGCACCCCUGGGCAGGCGAACAAAGACGCGCUCCUUUGACAACUUGCCUAGUGCGUGUGAGCUGGGAAGCUCACUGGCUCCCAACCGUCGCUCCAGUGACCCAAGCCUGAAUGAGAAGUGGCAGGACCACCGGCGGUCUCUGGAGCUCAAUGUGGCAGUGGGGCCUGAAGGAGGGGAGAACCAGGAUGAGGUGCAGCCAUAUCAUGACAGACUGGACUCUGAGAUGGAUCACAGCAAGCAGCAAUCCCAGGGCUCAAAUACUGAACGUAGAGAAGAGUCUUCUGUGAACCCAGCAGAAGAUAAAGCGGAGGAGGCAGAGCUCUCUGUGGCAGUGGGUGUGGCUGAGGGACAAAUGGUGAACAUCCUUCAGGAAGCCACAAAGGAGGAGGCAGGAUGCGACGUGCCAAGAGAGGACCAUGCUGAUGCUGCUCAGAUUUUUAAUGCUGUAGACCAGGAGGUGGAUGGACAUGUAGAGCAGCAUCAGAUGGUGGAUGUCAGUGAGACUGUCAUGAAGAGAGACAUGUUCGCUAAUGGUCAGCUCCCAGAAAAUGGUGAGAUGAAGGCUCAGGAGAACGGUGACUCUUUUUCUGUGCCCACGCAGAAGGAAGAGGAAGAGGAUCAACAGGAAGCCAAUGCGUCUCAGAGAACUGAGGACUUGGUGACGGAGAAUGUAGAGGAAUCUUCUGUACAAGAAGAACUUGCGCAUGUACCGAAGGAGUGUAGCACAAGUGAGCCAGAAGAGCCUGCAGCUCAUAGAACUAUAAAUAGUGACUUAAUGUAUAGGUCACCUGAAAAACUAGGCUUAGAUGAGAGAAGCUGCCCUGACUCUGAAUCUGACCACAGUGUCCCUGAGUCAGUGGAGUUGGUAGAUAAAAGGGCCUCCUUGAUGGAAAGCUCCACAGAGACUUUAACUGAAGAGGUCUGUGGCAGGGUGGAGCUCCCUGUGCAGCCACCUGUUGGUUUAAACCAUCACCUCAUGAGUGAUGGCAGGAGCCCAGUUCCCUCUUCCAAGAAAGAGAAGGGGCUGGAGACCAGUGAGCAUGGCUUGAUCAGAACUUUAAGCGAGGGCAGCAAGCGGCCCUCUGUCAGUGCCUUUCAGUCAGUUCGUGCUGACCUUAGCAGGGAUGGACUUUGUAAUGGGGACAACUCCGAAGGGGAGCCAAGUGGAGCACCUUACUGGGCCAAAGGGAAUGUGGAGAGGGCCCCUUUGAGCCGUCAGGUAUCCGUAGCAAGCUGCAACUCUCUGAUCCUCCACCCACGAGGCAGCUGCUCUCAGCACCGGUGGUGUCACGCCUUGCUAGGCCGGGUCACCAUGAGCCCUGAGCAGCCAACUCGCAGCCAUCUGGAUGACGAUGGGCUGACGCUGCACAAUGAUGCUAUCCAGCAAAGACUGAGGCAGAUUGAAGCGGGGCACCAGAUGGAGGUGGAGACUCUAAAGAAGCAAGUCCAGGAGCUCUGGAGCCGCCUGGAGAAUCAACAGCACAUUAUCUCCCACCGGAUCAACGGAGACAUUGGAGAUGAAGUGACCUCAAUGACGGACUCUGAGUACAACUUGGACCCAAACUGUUUGUCGCGCUGCAGCACAGAGCUCUUCUCUGAGGCCAGCUGGGAGCAGGUGGACAAGCAGGACACUGAGGUCACCCGCUGGUACCCUGAUCAUUUGGCAGCCCAGUGUUAUGGCUGUGAAAGCAGGUUCUGGCUUGCUACCAGGAAACAUCACUGCAGUGGCAGGGAGCCUGUUCAGGAGGUCUGGAACUGCGGUAACGUGUUCUGUGCCAGCUGUUGCGACCAGAGGAUCCCAGUGCCAAGCCAGCAGCUGUUUGAGCCCAGUCGCGUCUGUAAGACCUGCUACAGCAAUCUCCAGCAUGGCUCAGCUACCCUGGACCUGGAGCUGGAGAAGCCCAUUACAGCCAGCUCCAACUGAGGACCAGGACAGACGGGAGUCGGGCUGAGCUGCAAGUCGCUGAUGCAGAAGCACUGCUGAAGAGCACAGGAGCUAAAGAAUGUCCCACCAACUUUGUGAGUGCUGCUGCACUUUGGAGUGUGAGUGUAUGUGUGAAAGAGAAGCUGAGUGGCAUGUUGGUGAGAUGGGACUGCGCACAAAGAAAUGAAACUGGACAUCCUGGUGCCUUGGACCAGGCAGGCAGAGGAGGUUGUCUCACUGUAUUUGCUGAAGUCUCCUGGAGGACUUUGGUCUGUGAAAGAUUCUCCUGAAGAUCCUGAAAAAAAAUCAUAAAGGUUUCUCAUCUCCUAGCCUGGAGCAUGGACUCAUCUCUGCAGGGUGUUCUGACAUCCUGGCAAUCACGAGACUGUCUCUCAGCAUUGGAAAUAUCCACAUAGCAAGCCAAUGUCUCAGUGAAAGAUUAAAGGAACAAUUCAUCCAGAUCACCAGAGGAGAUGGUAGUCAUAUUCCCUCACUUCCUAUGGUACCAACAAUCCAGCAAAAUGUAUUAUGAUUUGACCUUAUCUGAGAUUUCUGCUGCCAAUUAGUCUGCAGGUCAUGUUAUCAGUUCAGCAUAUUUUUGUGUAAAUUGUUAAUGCUGUAAGGUUGGGCUGUUUUUACCAGAAAACUUGGUUACAUAUUCAAACAGUCCAAAAUGAAACCUAAACACUUUUAUAUCUGAAUACAUGUAACAAGCAAAUUUGAGAAGCCUGAUCCAGUGUGAGAUUCAAACUAUGAACUUUGCAAUGCUACACUUGCAGGUAUGAUUUCCACAUUAAAAUAAGACUGAUCUGACUGAGAGGCACAUACCCAUUGAACUUGUUACACUUUAGAAUUGUCCUAAAAGUGCAGGAAACUAGUUUUUUAAAAUUACUACUAAUACUUCCGGCUAUGUAGCUCAGAAUCUCGUUUAAAAAUGCUGCUUUCUAAUGGUAAUGACUUGAUAACAUGACCGCAGACUGAGUUAGUUAGUAAUAAACUACAUGGAGUCCUCUUUAGAAAAACUGACUUCAUGCUUUUCAGACAUUGGUUGAUCAUCAGCUAACGUGACUGAAGUGAUAGCAUCCUAUUUAAAGAUGGGUCACUUAAAUGUUGAUGUUCCCCACUGCUCAAGAACCUCUAUAAGCAGGUGAUAUUUACCAUACAUGCAUUUGUAUUGUCACCAUCAACUAGUAAUAGCACACUUGGGAAUAUUUGGUCCUCUCUACCAUUGUGUGCAAGAGCUCAGUACAUUUGAAAACCCCAUUCCUCCCUCUCCUGGACUGGGAAUGCUGAAGUGCAUCAUAUUCCAAAUUAAACCAGAGUGCCUAAGAAGCUUGUUUAGGCUCCAUAUAUUCAGACUUGUUGAGAGUGAGGCAAAUUUUGCCAUUUUGACUUGGUAAGAGUGCUGUGAGGAUGCUUGCAUACAGUCACAUGUUCAGUCUAGAGGAGAGCUUGUCUGAAAAGUGUGUAAAACAGACAGACAGUAUCUCUUAAAGAAACUGGCCGCAGCCUUUGUUUGCAGUGUCAUUACUCUGGAUAACUGGGUGAAUUGAGCCUUUAACUUUCUGUGGGCCGAGUCUCAACUGUGCUUGCUUUGUUUGGGUGAGCUUUUAAGCAGCUUUUCAGAAGAGAGACGCACAAAUGGGGUGGCAAACAAGUGAUGUACAAAUCAAAAAGCCCUUGAUGCUUUGUGAACAUCACAUUUAGUUAUGGUUGAGAUUCAGUCCAGAGUACAGAAGGGAGGCUGGAGUUUGUGAAUUUGUAAAAUUCUGUGCUGUUCACAUAUUUAAAUGCACUUUUUUUUUUUUUUUUUUUUUUUUUUUCCCCCCUUUCUAAUUGCUUUUUUAUUUUUUCAGUAGUUUAGCAUCCUUAUCCUGACCACAGUGAGGAUGGUGAAUCAUUUUGUGUUUGAAGCCCCCGUGUAGACAAGUCAUACAGCAAGUUAGUGAGAGGAAAAGCCUUGUGGCUAUUUGAUCUUUUAACAGCUCGUGCUGCGCUGCUCCUCCAUACCAACAGACUGUUUAUUACUCGUGUGCAGGGAGCACUCACUGUGAGACUCUGCUGAUUUCAGGCUUUGGAUUUUUUUUUUUUUUUUUUUUGUUUCAAAGCAUUAACAUCACACAGGUUUGGCCGAUAGACCUGCAUCAAUACCGACAUUUUUUCAGUUUGUCUGCCGUGGACAAACUGAAGCACACGACGGUGCGGCCAACUGCUGCCAAAAGAUCCAGUUUUGUUUUACCCAGCAGGCACUGGGACGGAACAACCUGUUUUGUUUUUUGGGUUUUUUUUUUUUUUCUCCCCUCAGUCCUCUGGUACUAAUCAGACGGGUGUAAAGCUCACAACAAGACAUCUUUUUAUCUAUGUAUAUAUAUUUUUUUUUUUCUUUCAGGUGGCUGCCAGCCACUAUGAAACAAAUUCCACUUUGUCUAAAUCACAGAGGAGCACAGCAGCAGUAGAAAGGGCUUUCUGCAUUUUCCCAGGUCUGUAACGCCACAUGAAAUCUGUCAAAGCAUCGCUGAGACGCCUGCUCAGCCUCACACCCAUUUACAAACUACUUGUGCACACACAGACACAACUUUUGUACAGUAAAUGAGAGGAAUAAUAUAUUCAGAUACCUACAUAGCAUUUAAGAAAAAUGUAUAGAAUCUUUGAAUAGUGGCACUUAAUUAGUCACCAAAGUUUUUUUUCUUUUUGAAAUUGCAUAAAAUACCUAUAUUUUGCAAUCUGUUUAAGGCAGUUUUUGUUUUGUUUUUUUUGAAUAAAUGGAGAAGCAGGGUGACCUGAUUUGAUGCUGUAAUGGUUCUCUCCUCCCCCUACUUGGAUUUUAUUUAUUGAUAUUUGUAUUGUUGACUUGCUGUUAAAACUCCAGUUAACUCAGUUUUUGCCACACGAUAAUCAGAAAUGGAGACUGAGCGGUGGUUCUGAACUUUGGCUACAGCAUCCCGUCAGAAUAUUUUGUGUUGGCCAAUCACAGCAUGUGUGGAUGUAAAGAUUUCAGCAUUAUGAGGGGGUGAGCAGUCAAAGGUAGCCAACAAGAUGUCUAUGCACUGAGUGAACAGUGGUCCAAAACAAGCAGCCUGAACCCAAAAUGAAGCCCUGCCCCCUUUAAAGCUCUCAUACACUUAUACCAUUCACACCCAUCUACAAACACUACCUCUACUUGCAUCCACACUUGUUCAUGUAGACACACAUACAUUCACAUACUGAGCUUCUAGUUGCUGAGUGACUCUUGCUUUUCAGAUUUCCAGCGCGAAUGGGUUGUUGUUGUGUUGCAAAUCUUUUUGUAAACCCCUCCUCUGAUUACUGUUCAGCUGGAACAUUUAAAGGUACAGCACAGAAGCGUAGACUAGGUUGAUAAUCUUUGUUCAGACUGCCGAUCUCUAUUCCCCAUGAUCCAGCUCGCUGUGUCAGAUGGCUGCUGUAGAUAUAAACGCAGCAAGUUUUGGACUAAGGGAGGAAACACAGACAUUUAACUGUGAUUGACAACCUGAUGCUACUUAAUUAUCCUAAAGCUGUUUGACUGAGCCCAUUCCUGUCACUUCCUGUUGGAUUUGUGCAUGAUGCUGACUUGAGAUUGUUGCCAUCUGGUGGUGGAGCUGCUGUUUUAGGUGGUCAAAACAACCGGCUUCAAGUGUGUGCUUUUUAAUGUCGACCUCCUGUGGAAGUGUGUUUAAUUCGACAGUCUGACCUUUAGUCUUUCAAAGAGAACUGAAAUAUAUUAUUUUGGCCCUCUCGCGAAAGAUGAGUCAAUUCCACAAACUACAUCCGAUGGCAACAAAAUGGAGCAAUUGUGUCCAAAUAGACAAUUUAUUCUAAGACUCCACACUCCCUUGUGAAGCCAAAGCUUUUUGACCUCCCCCACAUUGACGACCAGCAGCGUGAGUUCCCUUUUUCGAGUUUCACCACCGUCACAGGGACGUCUUGUUAAACAAUCCGUGAAUGUGAAUGGUCUCACGGGAGAGGAAAGGCUGUUUAUUUGCACAUGACAUUAAGUAAACACUGCCACAGGGUGCAUCUGAGUAAAGUGAGACUGAAAGUGUGCUUUUCAGUAUUGCAACAGCAUGAUGGAGUUAUGGACAGAUCUGUGUGUGUGUGGGAGGGGCUGGUAAUGUGGGCUUCAGUUAACGUUGCUGCGUCCCCACCCCCAGUAUCCAUAUGUUGGGGUUUUGUUUUUUCCACUCACGCUGACUUGCUUUUAGAGGCAUCACUGCAAUGGCCCAGUAGUCACAUGAGGUGUGAGUGUAUAAAUGCAUCAAGCAUUUCAAGCAUUAGUGUGACUGAGUGUCUCUUUGGUGGAGCCUGGUGCCAAGCAGUUUUUAUUACGGGUCUCUCACAAAGGGAUCACUCGUGCUUUUUUUUUCUUUUUUUUUCUUCUUUCUCUCUCACCCCCUCUGUUAAGCACUUUGAACCUUCUCAUGUCUGUCGAGUGUAUGGCUGUACAUAGCAAAUUCCUGUAACAACAAGUGCUCCUUGUUCAGUCUGAAUAUUUUGUUCUGUUUUGGAUUUCCUUUUAAAGAGAAUUACAUUGUUGUAGAAUUAAAGAAAUAAACUAGAA